AUGAGUAUUUUAACAAGAAAGCGUUUCAACGCAAGUACAGUUCAUCGAAACAGCAUACUUUUUAUUAAUUAUAGCAGAAUUUAUACAUAUCAUGUACUUGGUCAUGCAUUGUCAUCUCUAACACCACCACCAACACCGGGUGGACUUGAGGAAUAUUUAAAAAAUUAUCUUUGUAUCCUUAAUAGCUGGGAAGCAGCAAUAACGCGUGAUAUUGGGACAUGGACUCCUCGUAUGAAGGCAUUUUUCAGUGCACGAGGCUUUAGAAAGAGCAGUUUAGGGAUUGAAGGACGAACAUUUGAAGAAGAAGAGAAACCAUUAAUGCUGCCGCAUUUGCCGUUCACACCAUCAUAUACGCAAACAGUACUUGCUUUAUGUGAUUUAUUACGUGAAGCAUAUACAGUAAUGACAAAUUUUAUAUCAUCAAGUGGAGGUUAUAAUCGAUUUAUUGAAACAUUCUACAAAGUAGAUCAUAAAGUAAAAAAAAUUCUUGAAGCAAUAGCAAAAGAAAUGGAAGUUUAUGCACGGAAGGCAAUACGAAAGGAGCUUGACCAUCUUUAUUCAUUUUCGAAAGAAACAACAGAAACAGGUGCAAAUAUAUUGCUUUAA